AAAAAAAAGGAGGUAAAAUAUUAAGGCGAUUGAAGAAGAGAAGGGAAAGGGGAAAGGGGAAAGGGGAAAGGGGAAAGGGCGAAAAUGCCGAAGAGAACAACGCAUACGUACUCGAGCGAAGACGCAGCACCAGAUGGACCUGACUCUGAUCUCUUCGUCUACUAUUGCAAGCACUGCGGCUCUCACGUUCUUAUUACCGAUACUCAAUUGCAGAAAAUGCCCAAGAGAAAGACUGACAAAGCAUAUGUGCUUGACAAGAAAAAGCAUCUUGCUAGGCUUAACGUUACCGAGGGGGGCAAAGUUCUCUUGAAGAGGGGAGAAGGGAAAUUGGAGAAGCAAUUCCGUAUGAAUUGUUUAGGUUGUGGCCUGUUUGUUUGUUAUCGGGCUGAAGAAGAUCUGGAAACCGCGCCUUUCAUUUAUGCUGUUGAUGGUGCCCUUAGUACGGUUGCUGCAGAAACCAAUCCUCAGGAUGCUCCUGUGCCACCUUGCAUAUCCCAGUUAGAGGGAGGACUUGUCCAAGUCGCCAUAGAGGUGGAAGAUCGUGCACAACGCUCAGCAAUUACAAGAGUAAAUGCAGAUGAUGUACGAGUUACUGUGGCUGCACCUGCUGCCCGUGGUGAAGCUAACAGUGAACUUUUGGAAUUCAUGGGAAAGGUGCUGGGGCUGAGACUUAGCCAGAUGACACUUCAGAGAGGAUGGAAUAACAAAUCAAAGCUUCUCGUGGUUGAGGAUUUGUCUGCCAGACAGGUGUACGAGAAACUUUUAGAAGCUGUUCAACCUUGAUGCAUUAUGGUAAUAUCUUUGGGUUCAGAUUCUGUGUUAACUGUUGCAAAUCAUGCAAUCCAUUGCAUCACGAGGCAUGCAGACUGUAUUAUAUUUGGUGGGAUCAAUUGUUUUAACUUCAACCUUAUGUUUUACCCCUCGAGAUGGUUCGGAUA